AUUUUUAUCCGCGUAAUAGAGCCAACAACAAAACAUGAUAGUGGAUGUCCAUCAGAAUCCAACACAAGCAUUUGGACAAUUACAGGCACAAUUGACUUUUGGUGAAAGUAGUGACAACUCUCUCACGAAUUUCUGGCACAAUAUUUGCACUUCCACAAGGCAUGGCUCGAGUCCACUCGCAAAUACGGGUACACAAUUGAACACUCCCUCCCAAUUAGGGUUGGAGUAUGCCCAUUCAAAUUGGAAUAUCAACUUGAACAAUAACAACGACAUCAAUCAUAUUAUUCAACAAACUGAUCAAUCUUCAAUUCAAAGUAAUGCAAUAGCUUCUAAUGUUAAUGGAUUUAACUAUCCCAUAGAAGAGAAUACCAUGGGAAACAAUGAAUACUUUGCUGAAACAACACAUGAGAAUGAUGCAUGGGAAUGGGAUGAUGUUUUCCUCAAUGAAGGUUUCAAUGGAGAUGACUUUUAAAUUUAGAUUGAUCAAUGAAUGACAAACAAACUUUUUUUUUAAUCUAGUUUCUUUAUCUUUGGUCCAUUUUAAAGACCACAGACUUGAUGUUUUAGCUUUUUAUUUACUUAUUUCU